AAAAAAAAAAAAAAAAAAGGAAGGAAAUGGCACACACAGAGAGAUAAAACAACAGACCCAGAGGCUAAAAUAGGAACAGAAAUUGAUGAAAAUAGGCACAGGGAGCAGAGUCAGAGACACAAGGAGAGUAUGACGGGCUAAGAACACAAAUAUGUAUUUGACACGAUUACUGUUCAAAAAUCUGAGCUACAAGUCUGGGGGAAAAGAGAAAUUAAGAAACAUUUUGAUCAUUUGUAUUGUCAAAAACAAACCCAGCUUUAUGUAAGGAGAAACUUUAUUGGAAAGGAUUGUUGCCAUAAGGGGAAGAGAAUCUUACAACAGGGAGAAUGUUCUUGACAAAAAUCUGAAAGCAUUUCAAAUAUCAGGCAGAAAAGAAUUGUAUUUUCUGUUGCUGUUAGGUGCCUUGGAGUCGGUUCCUACUCACAGUGACCCCGAGCCGAGGUACAAUGAAAGGAAACACUGCCCGGUCCUGUGCAUCCUCACAAUUGUUGCUAUCUUUGAGUCCAUUGUUGUAGCCACUGUGUCAACACAUCUUGUUGAGGGUUCUCCUCCUUUUCACUGACCCUCUACUUUACCAGAAGCCCUGGCGGCGCAGUCGUUAAAGAGAUUGCCUGCUAACCUGAAGGUCAGCCGAUUGAAUCCACCAGACGCUCCUUGGAAACCCUAUGGAGCAGUUCUACUCUGUCCUACAGGGUCACUAGGAGUCGGAAUGGACUCCACGACAAUGGGUUUUGGUUUUCUGCCUUACCAAGUAUGAUGUGCUUUUCCAUGGACUAGCCUGACUGAUAACAUCUCCAAAGUAGGGAUCAGAUAAAGUCUAACAUUGUCAGUAAGAUACUUGUAAAAGAGCUAUGGCAUAACUAGGCGAGUCCUGGGAGGGAGAGGAAGGGUUGCAGACUGCACCAAAGGACACUGUCAGAGGGAGUGACAGCGUGCGAGGCAGCCAGCCAGGCGUGUGGGGCAGUGUGAGGCUGCGUGUCCUGCCACAGGCGUGGACCAAAAAUGUGGACACCCAGGGGCCCACCUGCAACCAGGAGCCCACCUCCACGCCCAUGCCUGGGCCCCCAUCCAACAGCUCAGCCGCAGCGCUCCUGCCAGGCCUUAGAGCACUAGCUCGGCGGCUGAUCUCCCUCCACCCCACGGCCCGCUAGAGACUGGCCCUUUAAGAACCCCACCCCGGACUGCCCUCCUCCCUCGCGUGACGGUGCCAGGACCCGCCAGCUGGGUGACCCUCGGACCCUUCGCACACAACUCCAGGCACCUCGCCCCACUCCGAUUGGGGUGGGGACGGGCCGCAUGACCUCUGCCACUGGAAGGAUGUGCCAGCCGCACGCUCGCUCGCCUGAGAAGAGAGGGGGCGGGGUGCCGCAGGGCGCUGGAAGGGCCCUCUCUCCCCGGGCCCCCUCUUCUUCCCCUUCUGGGCCCCAUGGCUUCACUCUAAGCCUUUCCAUUGCCACCCGGAGCUCGCCGCGCACCUGCCUACUCUCUGCCCCGCCAAAGCGCUAGCUAAGCCUGUGCAGCUAAGGGAUCUGGGGCGGUGGAUCUGGGGCGGAGCCUAAGGUGGCCCUCGAGGCGGUGCCGAGCCCCUAGAGAGCGCUCGGGGAGACUGCGUGCCGCCACCCAUUCCCAGCCCUUGGUCCAGAAGAGCAAAGGCCUGAUGUCAGGCGCCCGGGCUCUGGGAGUCAGGGCUAGUCCACUGGUGCCUCUGGCCUUCCUGCUGUCGAGCUUCUCACCUGAGCCUGGACUCAGUGACCCCGGGAAGGAACUUGUCAUCCACCAGCCCCGCCUGUGCUGUGGGUUUACAGGCCAUGGACACAGCAGAGUCCAUCACUGAUGAACACUUACUCAAAGGCAAAAGGAGGCGAGAUCUGCAAAAGAUGCUGAGAGAAGUGGGACUGGCCGCAGAGUACUGGUUGCCCACGCUGCAGAAACUGGGCGUGACCUGUGCCCAAGCCUUACAACAUCUAGAAGAAAAAGACCUCCUGAAGCUAAAAUCCCAGGCACAACAUUCUUGGGAAAAACGAGCCCUAGAAAAACUGCUUAAUCUGUCAUACUCAAAUAGCCUUUCAUCAUUACUGGAGUCUCAGAAGGAGAAGCAAAUGCAGGCACGGCAGGCUCUGCAGGAGUUGAAGGACUUGAUGUCAGAAGGGAGGCAGAGACAGGAAGAAGCAGUGAGGGCAAAAGAAAGAGAGAUGAGGCAGGCAAUGGAGAUCCCAAGAGAGUACUGGCCACCCCCUGAGAAGCCUCUAAGAGAAGUCAUAGAAAACAUGCAGAGACAACUCAACACCAUGGAAGGGACACUAUUCAACAGACAAAACCUCCCAGAUGGAGAUCUGGUAAGAUGGGCAUCUGGAGGGCUGGCCCUGCAGGGAAUUUACAAAACCAGCCACCAAAGGGGUCUGGUAGAGAAGAGAGAGGAGCUACUCAGUCUCCCAGAGACUUUCUCACUCUUCGGCCCUGAGCAGAGCACCCGGAUAGAAACAAAGGAAUUUUCAUGUUCUCAAGCAGAAUCUAUGUUCACCCAGAUGAUAGAGAAAUUGGGCUUCAGUGUCACAGCCUCAGCCAAGGGUGAACGGUGGGGAUUCAGCCUGGAUGCAGGGAUGGAUCAAAGUCAACAUUCAGAAUCCCAGGAGAGGCGACAGUCACGUUCUGAGCACUCUUAUUUCUGCAAAACCAAGUUCAGUUAUGUCCCAUUGGCCUCCUGCCACUUUGCCAUUGACCAGCUCCAGUUCUCCAAGGCUGCUCUUCAGGAACUGAAAUGCAUUGAAGACCUCCUGGGACAGCAUGCAGGUCAAGGCACCUUGCUAAGGCAUAGGAUAGAGGCCUUCUUCCACAGGUUUGGCUCUCAUGCUAACCAAGGCCCUCUGCACCUGGGAGGAAUCUACUGGUGGAAGGCUGUUUCAGAGGGCUUCCAACGUGACAAACUGGCAGAAGUAAAGCAGCAGUCAGCAGAGGCCCUGGAUAUUUACAUAAGGGGCAGCUACAGUGGCUUUGGAGUGAAAAUUGCUGCAGGUAUGAAUGUUUCAGACUCUCAUUCAAAAAUGGCCUCUCAGAGCACUAACUACCAAAAUCUCCAAACCAAAGUCCAAUUAUCUGUGGCCCAGACAGGUGGCCCACCUGAAGCAAAUGGCCUUGCCGAGUGGAAAGCUGGGCUUAUUGCCAGCAACCGAACCUGGUGUGUCAUUGAUCGGGGACUUCGGCUGGUUCCCAUUUGGGACAUCAUCCUCUCCAGCCACAGAAGCGAUUUUCAGGAUCCUCUUCGGGUGGCUAACUGCCUGAAAAACAGCUAUGCUGCUCUGACUGGUCUCACUGCCCAGAUCCAAGAUGGAGAGGAAUUCCUCAGUGCUGUUAAGGAAGUUAAGGUUUUCCUAGAGGGUGUGAAAUCCUGGGAGGUAUCUGAUCCUGAAGAGCAGCUUAAAAAACUGAUAAAUUUCAUGCAAAUGUUAAGUCAGAAAAUUAAAAGUUAUGACAUCUGGAUUAACAUAUGCCUCUCAGAUUGGAACUUGCAGAAUUUUCUGGUGAAUACUGUCAACUUUUGCAAAGAGUCUUCCGUUCAUAACAUUAAGUUUAUUACAUCUCAGCUGCGUACUCUUCUGGAUCCUCACAUCUACAAAGUAGAAAACUUUCCUCAGGCUCAUUCCAUCAUGCAGUGGAUCUUCCUAUCAGAAUCACGCCAAGAGCAAGUCAACAUCUCUCAAUUAUCUGAAUUAAUUAAAAUCUUAAAGGACAACCAGAAUGUCCUUAUGGAAUUGAAGGCCAAAUCUGAGUCCCUGGAAAUAGUGGAGGAAGCUCAAAGAAAAAUCACUUAUGAGAUUAGCUUGUCUCUCAACUCCUUCUUUGAGAACCUACGAGAAAUGGAGCAGCCAGAUACACAGCUCUUGCUACUUUCCAUAGCAGCUGGUGCAGGUUAUCACAUGGUAAACAAUACUUUUCAGUAUCUCCUGGGGUGUGAUGAGUUAGACUAUCUGCUGCGUGAAAUGCAAAAGGCCCAUGAUAAAUACCACGAACUGAAAAAUACUUGCAGCUAUAGGGCUCAGGCUUUCCUGGUGCUCACAGGUCUGACAGCCACAGUAAGAAUUACAGCUGUUUCUCCAGAGGAGAAAACACAACGUUUAGCAUUAAUGAGACAUCACAUGAGACAAUUCUUGUCUAAAGAAGUUGCACAUGUCCUCACCAAACCAGGGGCAGAUCAUGAUUGGGAAAACCUACAGAAAGACUUGAGAUUGCUCAUCAAUGGAGAUUAUGAAGCCACUGUCUCUUCUUUGCAAAUGGAUGAGGUAAAAAAACAAUUGAAAAGUCUCUUCCAUGAAAAGAAGAAGCCCCAUGAGGUGGAUAAUAAUGAAAAUAACAAAACAAAAGUGAUAGAAAAUGGAGCCUUCCUAGACCUGUUGCAGCGUCUGGGCAUAGACCAUUACUACCCAAAGAGGAUGGGCAGAGCUAACUUCUAUCUGAUCCACAAGGCCUCUGUGUGUAACACCCAGCCCAGCUCUGAGCGACAGCUUUCCUUCUAUUUCCUGCAGAAGUUACUGAUGCUUGAUUAUAAGCUGAGAUACUUGGUCUUCAAAGAUGGUGGGGACACAGAGGACCCAGUGUCUCCAAGUGCCUCACGCAAAGAAAAUGAGGCUUUUGAUCCAUAUGAAGACUUUCUUGAAGACAGUGACAAUUCCACAAGUCCUUCAGCCACUAAUCUGAGACAUAAUAUUCACCCAAUGGAUAUUCAGAUGGCAAUCUAUCACUGUGCAGAUGACUUUGCCAGGCAAUAUAUACUGACCAAACUUUCCAUUUGUCAGUUUGCCCUUCCUCUUGUGGUACCCCAUCCCUGCACUUCUCAAAUUGAAUUCUCCCUCUGGUCUCUCAGUCAAAUUAGAAGAAGCUGGCAGCAAGCAGGGAUAUCAGAAAAAGAGAAGAACAAUUACAAGAAUCAGCAGAUGUGUUGUGUACCUUCCUCCAUUGUAUCUUUCAUUCGAGUUGGAAAUGGCUUCUCUACUUCCAAAUCUCAGAUCAUGAACUGUCUUCUCAGUAAACGUAAACAUGAUGUCUUCUUUCACCGACACUGCAGUGGGAGCAGCAAAGACUGUCUCCUGAUGCGGGGUGUGGUGGAAAUCUGCUGGUUCUGUCCAGGAGGGGAUGGUGAGGACAAAUUUGACAAGUGUGUGACAUUCACCAAUCUCCACGGAGAUGCAAAGGAACAUGAACAACAGCUCAGAUUCCUGCAGGAAGUCUCUUCUCUCAUUGUGGUCCUCAUGUCAGCUUCUGAUAGCAAUAAAGAAAACCGAAAAAUUGUUCGUAACUUGUGUCAGUCAUCAAAGCCUUUGAUCUGUUUGCUCGAUGACAAAGAAAAAAACGUAGCCAAUAAUUCCAGCCAGAAAGUGAGAAUUGGGAUCAAGAACAGAAAUGAGGCAGAAUUAACAGAAGAACUCACGAGUACAAUCACACGUUUACUACAGCUAUCUGACACAACUCUCAGCUUAGAGGACUGUGCCCAUAUUGCUCGUAAGCAAGGAUUCCUAAUAGAUGAAGACCAGAGAGAUUGCAAGGAAGCUAAAGAAAAGGCACAGACUCUAAAUGCCCUCUUGGGAGAAAUGGAGUUAUCUAAGAUAAAGGAAAACUUACUACCCCUUCAGGGAAAACUGUGGCACCUUUGGUGUAAGAAGGACAAAGAACUCUAUCAUCUCAGAGAGAAGGGGAACCGGAGUAUUGAACAACAUAAGAGUGAGAUUGAGACAGACAAACAAACAAUACGACAUAAGCAGUUGAGGAAGGCCUUUCCUCUCAAUGCUUUAAUGAGAUCUUUCCUUGAAAUAUUGCAAGAUCAUUCAGAAACCCACAACAAACUCUACUUCCUGCAGUGGUUAAGUGUGUUUUUGAACAACAUGACUGCAGGACACUUGGAAAAACUGCAUGAGGAGCAAAGUUCUUUGUGGUCACUGGUACAAAAAGAAAAGCAAACAGCACCAAACAGCAACUCCCUCAGAGACUGGCAGAAUAAGAUAGAAGCCAUCUCAACAAAGAUUAGUGACUGUACCUUGGGAAUUGAACACAUUCUCAGAGAAGUUGGACAAAUCUAUGAAGCACUGGAAGAAGCUUCCUCCACAAGAGAUAACCUUUUCCUCUCCCUUCCCCAAACUGCUGCUGACCUGAUGAUAUCUGGGGUUCCCAUUGAGCUGAUGGAUGGCGACGCUUCUUAUGUCCCUCUGAAGUGGGUGGCAGCUGUUUUUGACAAGGUCUCUGAGAAACUUGGAGACAAACGGCUGUUUGUUCUCUCUAUUCUUGGCCUACAGAGCUCAGGGAAGUCCACCCUACUGAAUACCCUUUUUGGACUGCAGUUCACUGUCAGUGCAGGGAGGUGUACCCGGGGGGCCUACAUGCAGCUCCUAAAGGUAGAGGAGACAUUCAAAGAGGAACUUGGCUUUGACUUUGUGCUUGUUGUGGACACAGAAGGACUUCGGGCACCAGAACUCAGCACCAAAUCACAGAAUCGGGACAAUGAGUUAGCAACCUUUGUCAUUGGACUUGCAAACUUGACUCUGAUCAAUAUUUUUGGAGAGAAUCCAUCAGAGAUGCAAGAUAUUCUACAAAUAGUCGUUCAAGCCUUUCUCAGGAUGAAACAAGUAAAAAUUGCUCCAAAUUGCCUGUUUGUCCAUCAGAAUGUGGGAGAAGUUACAGCUAAAGACCAAACUAUGGAAGGACGAAGGCGGCUAGAGCAGAGACUAGAUGAAAUGGCAGCAACAGCAGCUGAACAGGAACAGUGCUCCGAUGUAACCCGCUUUGGUGAUGUCAUUAAGUUUGAUGUGAAUAAUCACAUCUACUAUUUUGCUCACCUCUGGGAUGGCAAUCCACCAAUGGCUCCUCCCAAUCCUCGCUACAGCCACAAUGUCCAGGAACUGAAAAGCAGAAUUCUUGUGACUGCCAGAGAGGAAUCUAGGGGCAGCAUCAUGAAGAUAUCAGAUGUGAAAUUCCGAGUUCAAGAUUUGUGGAGGGCCUUAGUGAAUGAAAACUUUAUUUUCAGCUUCAGGAACACCCAAGAGGUCAUGGCCAUGAGCAAACUGGAAACCAUGUAUAACCACUGGACCUGGAAGCUAAGGAGUCAUGUGCUGGACUUGCAGAACCAGCUGACCAACCAGAUUCAGAAUGGAAAAAUCCAGACACUCAGAACCAGUGAAGUUGAAGUUCCAGUGACAGAAAAAUAUGAUGCCAUCAAGCAAGACCUUGAAAAAUUUUUUAAUGAAGAUCCAGAUAAUGAAACACUGGUUCAGUGGAAAGCAAUGUUUGAAAAUAAGUUGAGAGGCCUUAAAGAGGCACUUAUUUCAGAAAUAAAAAGAAAAGCUAAUGAACUCAUUUGUUUAAAGAAAAGCCAAGUAAAACUGGAUGAGAAAAAGUCAGGUUAUGAAAAUGACAUCUUGGAAAGAAGCCGACAGUUAGCUUUAACUGUAAAGGGCAAGGAACUGAGUGAGGAAGAUCUAUGCAAGAUUUUCAAUCAGCUUUGGGGAAAAUGGGUCUGUGACGUAUCCUCAACUCUGCCUCCUGCCACAGAGCCUGACAUUGACGUGGAUUCUGAAAAUAUUCUUUUGGACUACUUCCAAAACAAGCGAAACUUGGUGGACAUACUAAAGAGUCAUUCCAGAAAACAAUUUCAAGUCGAGUAUGAUAUACAUAUCAAAAUGAACAGGGCAUUUUUACUAAUCAGAAAGUCAUUAGAGACCCAUGAUAAACAGUCCAUAGAUAUGACUACUGACCACAUUCUUUCAAGAUUUACGAAAACUAUUAACAACAUUUGGCAGCAACAGCGUGAUUACGAUCCAAGUUAUUUCUAUGAAAUCCUGAAAAUUGUAGAUGACGAGGUGAAAUCUGCAUGCACUGAGGAAAGAUACACAUUCACAAGUAGAUAUAAAAUUGACUUAUCUUUGUGUUUGUUCCAAAGAGCAUCAGAGAAUUUUAAGCAGAUGCACAGGGCAUUCAAGAGAGCAAAUGAUCCUGUAAACUACCUGGAAAGCAAGAAAGAUGAUUUCUUCAUGAGUUUUAAGAUCUCCUGCCAAGGUGCAACCUCUAUCAAAGCAUUUGUUGACUUUCUUUGGCAAAAGCUCACUCCUGCUGUCUUUACCACCAUACGGAAUAAAACAGCCCCUAAAAUUGCUGGGGAUAUGCAAGCUAACUGUCCAGCAUUCAAUGGAAACCGGGCUAAUCUGGAAAAAUAUGUUCUUAUCUCUCUGGCAGAAGAAGAGAACUUUAAUAAUUACUGGCAGUACCUUCAUAAUUCACAGUCAUAUUUUAGGAAUUACACUGAAUGCCAUAUUCGAAGAUAUUGUUCAGACAAAGGAGGCGAAAACAUGAAGAAAUUUUUAAAAAUCAGUUUAAACGACAUCAAGAGUGUUAUACUCUCAGCCAUUCAAGAAUCCACUGCAAUAGCGAAAGAUAAAAGCAGCACUGUGUCUGAAUGGUUGGAUUUAUUCUGUGAGCACUUGGGAAAUAACUUGAUCUUUCCACGUAAAGACUUGGUAAGCAUUGAACAUCAGGAGAUAAAAGAUACUGAAUUUCUCAAAGAAGCCAUGAGUGAAGCUUUGGACCCCACAAUGAAAAGAAUAGAACAGGAUUGUUUGAGUAUGUCUGCAGAAGAAAUAGUUCCUGAAAUUGAAAAACUGCUCUCUGAGCAUCUCUGUGGUUGCUGGAAACAAUGUCCCUGCUGUAGAGCAAUUUGUACAAACACAAUUCCUACACAUGAAGGAGACCACAGUGUUCCCUUCCACCGUCCUCAGGCUGUCAAUGGAAUCUCGUGGUAUAAAACAGACCAUUUUACCAUUGACUGCUGUACUAGUUUGGUAGCAAGUAAUUGUUUAUUGGUUCUCCGGGAUGGCAGGGAAAUCCCAUAUAAGAACUACCGACGGGCAGGAGGGGAUUAUGCCACGUGGAGCAUCACCCCAGAUUUAUCCACACAGCCAUACUGGAAAUGGUUUGUCUGUCACUUUAGAUCAAAGCUAGAAGAAGAAUAUCAGAAAAAAUUUGUAGAUAAGGGUAAAAUCCCUGUUGCAUGGACCAAAAUCACAAAGCAAGAUGUGCUUGAUGACUUAAAAAAACAUGGUGCCUAG